CAGCAAGUGCUCCAGACCAACGAGAACAAAUUUUACUCGCCAGCAUCCUGAAUCUGAACGAUGGUGUCACCGCAAAAGCCCCCGCGCAUAUCAUGGGGUGAAGACGAAGACCCAAGAAAUGUGGUCCUAAACAUCGAUGACAUCGUGCUAGAGAACGAGAGGGUGCCUCGCUUGCCGUCCCCCACUCCCCCUCCCACCAUCGACUGGGUUGCACCCCAGUCACCAUCUCGGGAAGGAAGGAAUGUCCUGGGACGACAGCGGGUGAGCGAGGUGGAGGAGAUCCAUAGGAGGGAGGAGGAGAGGGUGAGAGAGGAGAGGAGGAGGAAGAGAGAGGAGGAGAGGGUGAGAGAGGAGAGGAGGAAGAGAGAGCGGGACGAGAGGGAGAGUGAGAGGAAAAAGGGGAAGAGUGAGGAGAGGAGAUCUAGCAGUCGGCAUUAGCAUGUUGGAGGAAGAGAGAGAGGAGAGGAGAGGAUGAACACUCGAAGAGAGAGCGAGAGCGGGACGAGAAGAGAUUAGCUGUCCUUUAUCUAAUUGCCUCGUGCACACUUAUUUAUUCCCUAUGUCUAGUCAAAUGUAGACUUGUGAUGUUGUUCUGUAAACCUAAUUAAGUGGCUGGCGCACAUUGAUGUCAAAAAAAAAGAAGAAGUGGCUGGCGCACAUUUAGUUUGUUCCCGUAGGUGUAGUAACAGUGCUGUCAUGCUUUCAAAAAGAAAAAGAAAACAGUGCUGUCCUGUAACAAAGUGCAUGGGUUAAUCAAUGUUAGUUUUCA